CUUUUGACCACCUCAUCUUGCAGGUUUGCCAGCUCAACUCAGGGGCCACUUACUCCCUUCCAAACAACCGUCCAUCAGGUGCUGCUGCGCUGUCUAGCUUCCAUCGUCACCACCUCCCUUUUUGGCAGCAUCAGCAUCGGGACUAUUUGGAAAGCACACGGACGGCUUCGCUGGACGAAAUUACCCCGCCCCCGCAGUCCUCACUCACUCCUCGAUCUCAGGUAAGGCAAAGCUGCUAAGAAGGUCUAACCGCACAUAUUCGUAGGACGGUGACCUAUAGUACCUGAACCUCCCACGACCCUUCGAGUUUCAUCUGCGUGGAACCUCGCAUCACCCGCCGCCGCUGCCGACGGACUUGCCUGCGAAUCGCACCGUAUCGGCCUCGUCUGGAACGCAGAUACGUGACAUCGAAAACCCUCAAUCCACGCUUCCCAGUAGCUGUUCCCUUCUUUUCUUUCCCUUCUCACAAGCUCUUCCCUGCAACUCGUCUAACUCCCGCACAUCCCCCCGUCUCGAAGAACCCGAACAUACAGUCAUGGCCCAGUUGACUGCAACCACCUUUUCUACCGAUCCAGCCCUCUGGAUCUUUACCUCCCUGACCGCUGGAUCCUCGCAUAUCGUCACCGCUACAUCUCGUCUUGAAACCAUCCUCCGCGCCAACCGCGUACCCUUCAAAGCCAUCGACAUUGCCACCGAUGAGAAAGCCCGCAUGCUCUGGGGCCGCCGUGCCGGCAAAGAUGCCUCUGGUCGCCUGAGAAAGCUCCCAGGCCUUGUGCAAGAAGGCCUCGUGCUCGGCGACAUUACCGAGAUCGAAGAAUGGAACGAAUACGGCGAGCUCAAGCAGCACGUCAAGAUCUACUACGACGAUUUCACGAUCCCCGACAUCAACAACAAGCCCAAAGAACCCAUCAAGAAGAAAAUCGUUAAGAAGGUACCCAAGGGCACAUUGUCGGGCAAUGCCUCCGCCUCCACCCCCGCCUCCGCAUCCGCAUCCGGUCCCGCGCCUCCGCCAGCGCCUCCCUUGCCCAAGGCCGAGAGCUCGACUCCUGCUACCGCGAAAGACAAGUCUGUCGAGACACCCAGAGCCUCCACCGACAGCUCCUCCACAAUUUCACACCGCUCUAUCGCCGACGAGGCAGCCAAGAAGGCUAAGGAACUCCGGCUGCAGUCGCUACGCGAUAAGGUCUACGGCAAGAAGGACGAAAAGUCUGCUGAAGACAAGAAGCCUGAGACCGAUGCGUCAUCUGUGGCUACCGCCAGGUCCGAAAAGAAAGUUGAGGUUGCGGCGGACGCCUCUAAGACACCAGAAACGCCCCGGAAAUCUUCCGUGGCCAGUGCCAACAGCGCUUCCUCCAUCCAGAGCGUCAAGCCCGCCGGCCUUCAGUCCCCGACCACAGGCUCAUGGGGCGUCGUCGCCACAACCACGAACCCCGACACCCUGCGCGAGAUCCUGCAGUCGCCGACAACGGCCCGCUGGAAGCCCUCCGACGUUGACAAGCCCGUAACGGUACACAUGGGCGCCGCGGUGGCGUCCGCGUCCCAGGAGGAGAUUGCAGCGGUCGAGAAUGCCGAGACCAUCAAGGAGGAGCCCGACAAGGAGAACUCUGACGAGGACGUCUCACAGAAGAUUGCCGAGGUCGAGAAGGCGCAGGCCAUUAAGGAGGAGCCCGUAAAGGAGGCGGCCGAAGACUCUACUAAGGCCGUCGUGCCGGAGAAACAGACGGCAGCGAAGGAAACCCCAACGACCAGCAAAACCGAGACCGCUACGAAGACGCCACAGCCGGAGGAUGACGACGACGAUGACGACGACGAUAGCGACGACAGCGACGACGGCGACGACGACGUAAGUGAACCCGAGACGAACCCGGACGAGGCUAAGGCGAAGUUGGGAUCAGAGGCGAAGGAGGAGGAGACAGAGGCAAAGGCAGCCGAGCCAAAGUCUGACGGAGGGCCCAAGUCUGACGGAGGGCCCAAGCCUGACGGAGAAGCCAAGCCUGCAGGAGAGUCCAAGAAUGAAAAGUAGUGAUGUUGCGCCGAAGAUCAAGGCGAGAAGCUGUUGGGUGCCAUGGUGGAGAUGAUGGAAUGUACGUACGCUUGUGAUGGAGAAAUCGGUAUCCCCUCAUCACACACACACACACACACACACACACACAGGGCUAUUUUACCCGGAAU